GGGGUCAAGCGCUAUCUAACCAGUAGCAUAGUGGGCGCUAAACAGAGAGAAAGAAAUUGGCAUGGACCACAUCUCUUUGUUUUCUGCCGAAUACUUUUCAAGGAUUUUUUGUAGAGAUUGCACAGUCCAUGCUUUAUAUCGAUGAAGUAGCCGAUGGUAAGAGUCUCAAGAUCUCACAAACUGAUAGGUCCAAUGUGCAUAAAGGUUAUCAACAGAAUUGCAAAAAGAAACAAGUAAACAGAUAUUUCGGAAUAUAAGUGAAUACAUUUGAGAAAGCAUCAGUGUAUCAUAAAACUUGGCAUAAUAAUUGAAGAUGAAGCACGAGACUGUAGGAAAUUGAAUCCGAAUAGAACAGUUAUUACUACAAGAAUGUUUAUUAUUAUAUUAUUAUUAUUUAUUCCUGUGAUAUAUUUGGCGUGUCAUUAUUACGUGCACAACGGACAAUAUGGACGAUUAUUCCAUAAAAUACCAGGACCGUCAAGUUAUCCAAUUAUUGGUCAUUUAUUUUUAGUGCUAUGUUCACGAGAGGAACUUUGGAAUCUUUUAUUUACUCUUUCUAACCAAUAUUAUCCUAUUUAUAAAGCGUGGAUGUUUCUUUUUGGCUAUGUAUCCAUUCAACAUCCUGAUGACUUGGAGAUAAUACUAAGCAGUACAAAAGACAUCGAUAAGAGUCGAAUUUAUAAAAUAUUACAUCCUUGGUUAGGAAUGGGUCUUCUUACUAGUGGAGGCUCCAAGUGGCAUUUACGGCGAAAGAUAUUAACUCCCACAUUCCAUUUUAAUAUAUUACAACAAUUUGCCGAAAUUUUAGUCGAAGAGGGCAAAAGUAUGACAAGAUCUUUGAAAAAUGCUGGAGGCAUUGUUACAAAAGAUUUAGUGCCGUUUAUUAGUGAACAUACAUUGAACGCAAUAUGUGAAACUGCCAUGGGCACUUCUCUGCAAGAAAUGGGUACAUUUCAGCAACAGUAUCGAAGAGCGGUUCACAGAAUGGGAGAACUUUGUGUUCAUAGAUUAUUUAGACCAUGGUUGUAUGCCAACUGGAUGUUGUCAUUAUCGCCAACAGGUAGAGAACAAAAACAGAUCCUGAAAAUAUUGCACGGAUUUACCGAAAAGAUUAUUGCAGAAAGAAAAGAUUAUCAUAAAUGCACCAAUGGGCAAUAUUUGAGAAAUUUUGACGAAGAAACAAUAAUAGAUGAUAAAAAGACUACUACAAAUAAAAAAAAACGACUCGCAAUGUUGGACCUUUUAAUACUGGCAUCUCAAAAAAAUCUUUUAACUGAUUUGGAUAUUAGAGAGGAAGUCGAUACUUUUACAUUUGAGGGUCACGAUACUACAUCAAUGGGUAUAUGUUUUACGUUAUGUCUAUUGGCCGAACACAAAAAUAUUCAGAAUUGCAUUCGAGAAGAAGUUGAUGCUAUUAUGAAAGAGAAUCAAGGAAAUCUUACCAUGAAGUCCCUGCAAGAUCUGCAAUAUUUGGAGAGAUGUAUAAAAGAAGCGUUACGUAUAUACCCAAGUGUUUUUUUUAUAUCCCGAGUUAAUUCAGAAGAUGUACAAUUAAAAUCAUGUAUAAUACCUGCCAAAACAAUAAUACAUCUGAAUAUAUUAGGAGUUCACAGAGAUCCCAAUUUUUGGCCAAAUCCAGAAAUAUUUGAUCCAGAUCGAUUUUUACCUGAGAACAUAAAAAAUCGUCAUCCUUACUCAUAUAUACCAUUCAGUGCUGGACCGCGUAAUUGUAUCGGUCAACGAUUUGCUCUAUUAGAGAUGAAGGCAAUGAUAGCCCCUCUGAUUCACAAUUUCUAUGUAGAACCAGUGGAUUAUUUAAAAGACCUUCGAACGGGAGCUGAUUUGGUGUUUCGCCCUUUAAAUCCGCAUCGUUUAAAGUUUAUCCCAGUUGUUAGAGAAUGAAAUAGAUAUUUAACCUUAAGUCAAAAUAAAACUUGCUCGAAAGGAAAGUUAGAAAAGGAAAAUUAUAUUAUAUUAUAAAAGGAGACAAUUUUCUUCGACUUACAAGGGAACGGUAACGGUCGGAAGCGGUGGUAAUGUGAUAUUAAUAUAAAUAAAAAAUAUAUAUUGUA